GUAGUAGUCGGCAAGUAGACAGAGGUGCCUUGUCGACGCAGCACGAGCCUCCUCAGGCUCGGAAGACUGCCCCACAACAAUAGCGAGCGAGGCCGCAGGCUGAAGUGAUGCCAUGCGGGAUCACGGUGACUGUAACGAAUGAGUUAAAAACGGGAAUGCGCGCAUCGACGGUCAAGGAUAGAAGCUAUGAUACAGAAAUAUGGGGAUGGGGCCGCGCGCUGACUGACUGACUUUCUUCUGGUAACAACCAUCGGUGGAUUUAACGGGGUAUAUAACAACCAACCUCCCGGUAAAGGCGUGGGGGACUUGGAGGAAAGGAGAGGAUGAAUCCCGGGGACCCUGCCCAAACGGGCCCCGUUGAAACGGGCCAGGAUGGGUUGGCUAAAGCAGGGGGUGCGCGGGGGGAGGGGGUGAAAGCGGUGGAUGUGCUGACUGUUCUGAGGGAGAAAGUGGCCUUUGUAUCAGGUGGAAGGGAUAAAAGGGGCGGCCCAAUUCUUACCUUCCCCUCACGGACCAAUCACGAUCGAGUGAAGCAGGAGGACCUGAGCAGACUAGUCACCUACCUUUCCACCAUACCAAGUGAUGACGUUCGGGCCCGAGGGUUCACGGUGGUGGUUGACAUGCGCGGCUCAAAGUGGGAGAGCGUCAAGCCGUUGCUACGGACGCUACAGGAAGGGUUCCCUGCCCACAUUCACAUGGCCCUCAUCAUCAAACCCGACACCUUCUGGCAGAAACACAAGACCAACCUGGGCAGCGCCAAGCUCAGCUUUGAGACAAGUCUUGUGUCGGUGGAGGGGCUCUCCCGAUUGGUUGACCCAUCCCAGCUGACCUCUGACCUGGGUGGGUCUCUGGAGUACGAUCAUGUGGAGUGGACUGAGCUGAGGCUGGGACUGGAGGAGUUCACAGGGGCUGCCGGACAGCUCCUAGCCCAGCUGGAGCAGCUGGAGGCUGGGCUGGCCCGUGAAGGCGAGCCCCAGGGUGUGGAUGAGGCCCGCAAGCUUCUUGAGGAGCACGGCCGACUACGAACUGCCGUAGCCACGGCGCCUGUCGACGCCAUCGACCGUGAAGGGCGGAGCUUGCUCCAGCGCAUGCGGCUUGGCCCCACCCACAGCUCUGACGCCCCAAGCUCUCGCUUGGGUGAGGCCCCAAGCAGUAACCAUGGCUACGGCAGCUGGUUGUCGGGUGGGGCGGACUUCCAGAGCGUGGCGCCUAAGGUCGCCGCCCUACUGGAGAGGCUGCAGAGUGCCAGGACACAUCUUCAGCAGAGCUGGGCCGAACACAAGCAGCAUCUGGACCAGGCCCUGCAGCUGCACCUGUACGAACAGGACGCAGCCAAGAUGUCAGAGUGGAUCUCCCACAGUAAGGAGUUGUUCCUGCAGAGCCAGACAGACGUUGGCCUGAACCACCAGCAUGCCCUCGACCUCCAGGCCCAGCAUCAGCACUUUACCAUGAACUGCAUGAACGGGAGUGUGAAUGUGGACAGCGUAGUGUCCGUGGCGACGCGGCUGAGCGAGACAGGACACUACGGGGCUGAGCGGAUCACCAGUGUGUCGUCACGGCUACAGGAGGACUGGAAGGGACUGACCACAGUGCUGGAGGAACGCAGCAACACCCUCGCCUUGUCCACAGGCUUCCACCAGGGAGCUGAGCAGUUCCUGUCUCGUCUGAAGGGCUGGUGUGAGGGUUGUCAUGACAGUCCGCUCCCAGCUGAGAUGCAGGAGCUGGACACGUCCAUCCAGCAGCACCAGGAGCUCUACGAAGAGAUCUCUGCUGCCUACAAACAGGUCAGUGAGAGUGGGAAAGUUCUUCUCGACGUUUUACAACGCCCGGCAGAAUUGGAGGAGUCUUCGUUACCAACGGCACCUGUGGACUUCUCCGAAGCUGCUCACGGCAUCAUGGGAGUUCUGCAGGAGGUCAUGCAAGGUCACCAGUAUGUAGAGGGGGCGUGGCAGCGGCGCAAGCUUCGCCUACACCAACGUCUGCAGCUGUGCGUUUUUCAACAAGACGUCCGGCAGGUGGUGGACUGGGUGGAGCAGCAUGGUGAGGUGUUCCUGACGAAGCACACAGGCGUCGGCAAGUCUCUCCACCGAGCACGUGCGCUGCAGAAACGCCAUGACGACUUCCAGCAGGUGGCCCAGAACACUUACACCAAUGCGGAGAAGCUGCUGGAGGCUGCGGGGCAGCUGGCCCAGUCGGGGGAGUGCGAGGAGGGGGAGAUCUACUCUGCUGCGGGGGACCUGGAGCUCCGCAUGCAGGCCUUCAUCCAGCGCGUGGAGCAGCGCAAACUGCUUCUCGACCUGGCCGUGUCCUUCUACACACACACCAAGGAGCUCUCGGCGUGGAUGGAGGGUCUGCAGAAGCAGAUGAUGGGUGAGGUGUGUGUGUGUCCAGAGUCGGUGGAGGCCCUGCAGGUUCUGAUCACCCAGCAGCAGCAGCAGCAGGCCAACACCCAGGAUGCAUCGCUAAGUGUCAUCAGGGAGGGCGAGGACCUCAUUCUGCAGCUCAGGCCCCAAGGCAGCUCGGUAGCCCAUGUGGAGACAGUGUUGCAGCAGUUGGAGGAGUCCCAGGCUCAGCUGGAGGAGCUGUUUCACCAGAGGAAGAUCAGACUGGAUGUUUACUUACAGCUACGCAUACUACAGCAGUGCACUCUGGAGGUCACAGGGGAGAUGGAUGCAUGGAAGCAGGACCUCCAGAAGCAAGCUCAGGACUUCACAGCCGAGAAGCUAACAGUAGCACAGCCACGCGUUGGGGAUGCCAACCAGGAGAAGCAAGGGUUAGCGCAACCACGGCUAGUGGAAGCUAACCAGGAGAAGCUAGCAUUGGCACAGUCGCGGCUAGUGGAGGCUAACCCAGAAGGGCUAACGCUAGCACAGCAGCGUAUCCACAGACACAUGGAGCGACGGCUGGCCAUGAACAACAUGACCUAUGAGGUCAUCCAACAGGGACACGACCUUCAGCAAUACAUCACUGAAGUCCAGGCCUCAGGUAUUGAGCUCACGGCCGAGGGAGAGACUGAGCUGGCCUCCCAGGUAGAGGAGCUCCAGCAGCUCCUUCAGGAUAAGCAGAAAGAGCUUCACCAGAUAGCUGACCACACACACACACACCUGGAGCAGAGCCUGCAGCUACGCCACCUCCAGACACAAGUCAAACAGGUGUUGGGCUGGAUUGGUGAGGGAGAAGUGAUGCUGUCCUCCUGCAUGAUCAACUCCAGCUCCUUAUCUGAAGCAGAGCAGCUGCAUAGAGAACACGAGCGCCUCCAGCAGGCCAUAGAGUCUCUGCUUCAUGCCGACUCUCUCCAGAGGACCCACCAGGUGGCGCUGGCUCUGCAGCAGAGGGCGGAGCUCCUGGUGAGGGCGGGGCACUACGACUCGGAGGCGGUGAGGGCGUGCGCCCAGACGGUGGCGCUGCACUGGCAGACCCUCAUGCUGCGCAUGGAGGACCGCCUCAAACUGGUCAUGGCCUCCGCCGCCUUCUACCGCACCUCGCAGCAGGUGUGUGGUGUGUUGGAGAGCCUGGAGCAGGAGUACCGGAGGGAUGAGGACUGGUGUGGCGGGGGCGAGAGGCAGGGCACCCGGGGACAGCCGGAGCACCUCAUCCCUCUCAUCAACAAACACAUGGAGCAGAAGGAGGCCUUCCUCAAGGCCUGCACUUUGGCGAGACGCAACGCCGAGGUCUUCCUCAAGUACAUCCACCGCAACAGCGUCACCAUGGCAACCAUCUCUGGCCACAGCGUCACCGCCUCUGGGGUGACGGGCAUUGCCGAAGUUACAGGGCACUCCCGUGUGCCGGAGCAGCAGGUCAAAGGUAUCCUCAGUGAGCUCCUGCAGAGGGAGAAUAGGGUGCUUCAUUUCUGGACCUUAAGGAAACGCCGCCUGGACCAAUGCCAGCAGUACCUGCUGUUCCAGAGCCACGCCCAGCAGGCUCUUGAUUGGCUGCAGCAGACAGGAGAGCACUACCUUUCGACUCACACGUCGCCAGGGGCAACCGGCGCAGAGACCCAGGAGCUGCUGGCACAACAUAGAGAGUUCUGUGUCUCUGCCAAGAACACUCAGGAGAAGGUGCACCUGUUGAUCCAGCUAGCAGAGAGCAUGCUGGGUAAAGGCCACUCCCACAGGACAGAGCUGCGGAGGUGUGUCGCGGCCGUUGACAAGCGCUACCGCGAGUUCUCCCUGCGCAUGGGGCAGCACCGCAACGCCCUGGAGACCGCUUUGGGGGGCUGCUCACAGGACAAUAAGGACCUGGAGCUGGAGCUGAUCCCAAACAGCCUGUCUGACUCAGACCCGGAAGUGAACCUCAACGACCCCAACCACGAGCUCAGCGACGAGAAGAGGAGGACCGCGAGGAAGAAAGAGUACAUCAUGGCCGAGCUCCUUCAGACUGAGAGAGUGUAUGUGAGGGACCUGCAGGAGUGUAUUGAGACCUACCUCUGGAAGAUGACGAGUGGGUCGGAGGACAUCCCUGCAGGGAUCGCCAACAAGGACGACAUUGUGUUUGGAAACAUCCAGGACAUCUACGAGUUUCAUAACAGUAUAUUUCUUAAGGAACUGGAAAACUAUGAGCAGCUUCCCGAAGAUGUGGGACACUGUUUUGUCACCUGGGCUGAUAAGUUCCAUAUGUACGUGACGUACUGCAGAAACAAGCCUGACUCCAGCCUGCUCAUACAACAACAUGGAGCUGGUUUCUUUGAGGAGGUCCAGAGGAGACAUGGUCUGGCUAACUCCAUCUCCUCAGCCCUCAUCAAGCCUGUUCAGCGCAUCACCAAGUAUCAGCUACUGCUCAAGGAGUUGCUAGCGUGUUGUGAGGAAGGUAAAGGUGAGAUCAAGGAAGGUCUGGAUGUCAUGCUGAGUGUUCCCAAGCGUGCCAACGACGCCAUGCAUGUCAGCAUGCUGGAGGGUCUGGAGGAGGGCUUGGAGGUGCAGGGAGAACUGCUGCUCCAGGAUAGCUUCCAGGUGUGGGAUCCCAAGUCUCUGAUCCGGAAGGGGCGGGAACGCCACCUGUUCCUGUUUGAGCUGUCGCUGGUCUUCAGCAAGGAGAUGAAGGACUCCACAGGACGCACCAAGUACCUGUACAAGAGCAGGCUAAGGACCUCUGAGUUGGGGGUGACAGAGCACAUCGAGGGCGACCCCUGUAAAUUUGCCCUGUGGGUUGGCCGGACACCCACCUCAGACAACAAGACCGUCCUCAAGGCUGCCUCUCUGGAGCUCAAGCAGGAGUGGGUGAGGAACGUGCGACAGGUGAUACAGGAGAGGCGGGGCCACCUGAGGGGGGCUCUGAGGGAGCCCAUCCCCCUCCCCAAGACCCCCGCCCCCACACUAGCACGCCAGCGCAGCAUCAACAGGAGGGACGCUAGCGAGGACGCGGACAGCCUGGGUGAUGCCAGCAGCCAGCCAGACACGGUCUCCAUCGCUUCCCGCACCUCCCAGAACACUGCGGAUAGUGACAAGCUGUCUGGUGGCUGUGAGCUGACCGUGGUUCUGCUGGACUUCGUGGCGGGCGGUCCCGGGGAGCUAAGCGUGCGCUGCGGGCAGACGGUUGAGCUGGUGGAACGUUCCGCCGAGCGGCCCGGCUGGUGUCUGGUCCGGACCACUGACCACACCCCCUCUCAGGAGGGCCUGCUGCCCAUGAGCGCCCUCUGCCUGUCGCACUCCCACAGCGCAGACAUGGACGGCCUGGUUCCCACCGCUAACACCGCCAAAGAAACCAAUUCGGUGGUGUCAGGUGACAGCAGAUUGGACUCGGCCGCAACCCUCCAAUCCUCCCUGGGCUCCAGCAGCAUGGUGGUGACCUCCCCCAUGGGAGGAGUGGGCCCUCCAGGGGUCAACGUGGGCUCCCCGGGACCCAAACGGAGCGGCUCCGGUACCGGUAACACGCUGAAGCGCUGGCUGACCAGUCCGGUGAGGAGGCUGAGCCAGGGCAAAGCCGACAGCCAGGGGAAGAAACCUCCACUCCGCACACGGAGGAGGGAGAACCGUCCGGAGCUGGCCACGCCACUGACGGCCAACACACACGUGAAGGGUGGGAAGAGGGAGGAGUCGGUCCAGAGCGGUGGAGAGGAGGAGCCAGAGGAGGACCCCCACACUCCCCUCCCCCCUCCCAUGGAGAUCAUCAAGGACCCCAACAACCCUGAAGGACUGGAUUCAGACCAGGGGUCAAAUGAGUCAGACACAGAGCAGAAAAACAAGGCAAUGAGGGGCCGCAUGUUUGUCGUAAAUGAAAUGGUACAGUCAGAGAAGGAUUAUGUAAAGGACCUCGGUGUCAUAGUAGAGGGCUUCAUGUCCAGGUUGGAGGUGAGGGGAGUUCCUGAGGACAUGAGGGGGAAAGAUAAGAUAGUGUUUGGUAACAUCCAUCAAAUCUACGAUUGGCACCGAGAUUUUUUCCUGGUGGAGCUAGAGAAAUGUGUAGAGGACCAUGAUCUUCUGGCAGAACUCUUCAUUAAACAUGAAAGGCGGUUGCACAUGUAUGUGGUUUACUGUCAGAACAAGCCACGCUCAGAGUUCAUUGUGGUUGAGUACGAGUCCUUCUUCGAGGAGAUACAACGUGAGAUCAGCUGUAGGAUGUCUGUCAGUGACUACCUAAUCAAGCCCGUUCAGAGGAUCACCAAGUAUCAACUUCUGCUCAAGGACUUCCUCAAGUACAGCUCCAAAGCAGGAUCGGACUGUGAGGAAAUUGAGAAAGCCAUGGAACUGAUGUCCCUGGUGCCCAAGCACUGUAAUGACAUGAUGAACCUGGGUCGCCUACAGGAUUACGAGGGCAAGCUGACGAGCCAGGGCAAGCUGCUGCAGCAGGAGACCUUCUGCGUGUGGGAGCAGGACGGGGGGGUCCUCUCCCGCAGCAAGGAGAGGCGUGUCUUCCUCUUCGAGCAGAUCAUCAUCUUCAGCGAGUUCAUCCGCAAAGGCUCCUCCACACCCGGCUACCAGUACAAGAAGAGCAUCAAGGUGAAUUACCUGGCCAUGCAGGAGAACGUGGAGGGGGACCCCUGCAAGUUUGUGCUGUGGUCCUGGGGCUCUGCGGAGCGCUUCACUCUGCAGGCUGCCAGCCCCGCCGUCAAGCAGCUGUGGACAUCCCACAUCACCCAACUACUGGACACGCAGAGCAACUUCCUCUCUGCUUUGCAGUCUCCCAUUGAAUAUCAGAGGAAGGAGGGUGGAGGCUCACACACGGUGUCCCGCCCCCUGUCUGGCUGCGGGAUCAAAACAUCAGGCCGCCCCCCCUCCGUGCCCCCCACCCCGAACGGACACAACACACACACUCAGCAGGAGAGCGAGCCUCAGGAGGACGAGGAGCUGGUGAUGGUGACCCAGGACUUCACAGCAGUACGGGAAGAUGAGAUCACCGUGCUUCGCGGAGAAAAAGUGCAGAUUUUAGCGUCCAACCAGCACGGCCAGUGUCUGGUCUACCGACCUGCCAACUCUGAGUCCCCCCCAGCUGAGGGCUGGGUGCCUCGCACUGUCCUCCACAACCACUGACAACAAUAACAUCAACCAUGACUACCACUACACACACUUCACCAAUCUUCUCAACCGCAACUAGUUUGUUUUAAUACUAGUUAAACCCAAUAACACUAGUGAAACCCAUACAGCUUCAAACCAACUAGGGAGCAACUAGUUAGUUAUAUCAGAUAUGCAAACCCAACUCGCUGCAAAGACAAACUCGUCUUGAAAAACGGCUAGUUAAACACAGGGUACAUCUUUCCCAACCAGGUCAACCAGUCAGUCUCAUAUGCACAGCUUGUCCUAAUAACUUAAACUGGUCUCUCAUUGUCAGUGACGACUUGGGGAUCCAUUACAACCAGUAACGUGCUCUUAGUCCAAGACUAGUAACAGGUGCUACACCAGUCAACCAAUGAGGCCACAGAUCGGAAGAGGCCUGAUGGUGGAGGCUGUCCAGGUUGCCAUCUGGAGUGGAAACAGACUGUUACUGGAGGAGAUGGGAGGAUGAUGUCAUCCCACGACCAGAGAAGCAGUUUCUCAUUGGUCAAAAAAGACGUAUGGGUUGGGCACAUGACUGUACGGCCAAAUAAGGCGGGAUAGGUUCUGUUUUUAGGGAUGCUAGCAGUAAGCUAGUAGCAGCUGGAGAGGGUGUAAGAAAACGGGAUGUCAACAGGUUAUGUUUACAACAUUGCAGUGUAUCGGGGGCUAAGAUUACUUGGACUGUCCCUUACCCCACCCACACCUCCAACCCUGGGUACCCCUGUGCCAGGUGGGCGAGGUGACAUCAUUCUUUUGUUGAUAUAUGUAAAAAGAAGAAGAAGAAAAAAGAGAAAGUCUCACGGCAUAGAGGUCUGAGCACAUUAAGCAAAAUAAAGAGUUCUUAUAUGAUUAUUAUAUUCUGUUUUUCACCUAAAUAGGAAACAGAGAAGUAUUGUCCUGUUAAUGUCCGUGUGUGCGAGUGUGUGUGCGAGUGUGUGUGUGUUAGUGAUCCUUGAGGGUUCUUCAUAGGGCUCCCAUGUUCUCUGUGUUUUUUCACUGACAGAAAACUGUUUCCUGUUCUGACCCGUGUCCUUUUGAUGUUGUUUCCUGUGUAGAGUUGCUGUUAUGAAGAGUUGUGCAGUGCGAAGGACACUCCAAAUGUGCAUCCUUGUACUUUUAAUGUAAUCCAGAGUUUAAAGCGUAAUAUUAUGCAUUCUUUUGAACAUGUACAUAAUAUUUUACAGCUAUGUAUAUGAUUCAGCAGAAGAAACAUGAAAGUUAUCUCAUCUUAUCUAAACCUCUUACUGAUCAUUGAUAAACCUCAUUUCACCAUAUUGGAUUGAAAGGUUGAACAGGUGAACAGUUGAGCUUUCAAUUCUUCUCUUUCUAGAAGUUGCCCAGAGACCCAGUUUAAGGAUAAUCUAACGAUCCCCUAACCCCUACUCCUAACCAUAAAGGAAUUAGAUGGGUAAA